GUGAGACUAUGUUUUUUUUUUUUUUUUUUGUUGUUGUUGUUGUUGUUUUUAAGACACUGACUGGAGAACAUUAGAAAAUGUCCCAGAACAUACAGAUGAGUGUAAUAAUCUCCAACAGAAAUUCAGCAUAUUUAUUUGCAUUUUAUUUUCCAAAGCACAGGAAAUCAGUGGAUAAAUCUGAAGUCGUCCUAAGCAUCACUGAUAUUGUUGGCUCAUGCUCCCUUAAGAGGGUCGUUAAGCAUAUCUCAGGUAUUGCCCAUAACAAAUAUAUCACCAUGAGCAGUCUCCCCAUAAAUAAAAAAUAAAUGUUAAAAAAGGAUAACGAUGCUGCAUAAAUCUUUGUCCAUAAAUCUGUCCUGUUUUCUUUCUAGUUAAUGAGUUUAGUAGGUCAAAGUCAGUGGGUCAGAGGUUGUAGAGUUUAAAUCCAUUUUAUUAUUAAAUGUGCCAAGUGUAUUUCCAGGCUGGGAACUCUUUUGGCAGCAUCAGGAUUAUUAAAAUGAAAUUAUCUCAUAAAAGCCUUUCCAUUCUCUUGUCGUGGGGUAAUCCCUGGGUGGCUUGGUGUGUAUCUGUUUCUCUGGUUACAGAUUGCAUCUAAUUGUUUUCAUUCGAAUUUAUUUCUCUUAAUAGUGAGGUUAGCCCUUUGGGUAUCGCUUCCUCUUUCCUGUUUCUCUCAUCCACUUGACCCCUACUCAUAUUUAAUGCACGUUCUCUCAAAUAUUCUUUCUGUUCAAGCGUAUAGAUUCCGAGAGUUGUUUUUGAGGCUACAGUGACACCUAGUGGUAAUUCCUGGUACUGUUUCAAGAGACCGCUCUUCAUUCGUUGUUGAGACAGCCGGUGUGUGAGGUCUGUUUAACAUCCCAGAGCCAUGAGUUUGGAAGGAGCUAUAGACCUGCUGACUCAUCUAAUGGAGACGAAUACCAAGGUCAUAUAGAUGAUAGAAGAAAGUCUCUGGGUCACAAAAGCCAUUUUAAGACCUGGAACUAGAAAUUGUAUCCAAAACUCUGAAUGGAAAAUCAAGCAACAGCUUUGAAACCCUGUCACUCCAGACAAGGAAGGGACUGGGGGUGUCCUGGAAUGGGGACAUUGUACUCACCCCACAAAGCAGGAACGAGGGGAGAUUGGAGACCAGGCUUUGGGUGUCUCCCUGGGGACUCUGAUGACCAGGGGUAGGAUGUGCCUACGUCCCAGGGCUCUGUGCACCUGCCUUUCCCAUCGGUACUUGUCACCCUUGAAAAUGGAUGACAGUUGGCACAGCUCUGGGAAUGCAGACACAGAGCCUGUGCUCACAGGCUCUUGUUGGGUGUGGCCCACAGGUCUUGAGAUCUUCCUACUUGGCAUGGCUUUGGGGAACGAGAAUUUGGAGAUGUGGACUCUGACCCAAGACAAGGAGUGUGACCUUACAGGCUACCUUCGGGUCAAGCUGCAGUACAAGAAUCGGCUUCAGUACAUGAAACAUUACUUCCCCAUCAACUACAAGAUCGCUGUGCCUUAUGAGGGGGUACUCAGAGUCGCCAACAUCACGAGGCUGCAGAAGGCCCGUGUGAGCGAGCGGGAGCUGCGGUAUCUGUGGGUCUUGGUGAGUCUCAACGCCACGGAGUCUGUGCUGGAUGUGCUGCUCCAGGGCCACCCAUCCUGGAAGUACCUGCAGGAGGUUCAGACACUGCUGGAGAAUGUUCAGCAGAGCCUCAUGGAUGUGGAGAUCGGCCCUCAGGUGGAAGCUGUGUUAUCUCUCCUAAGCACACCAGGCCUAAGCCUGAAGCUGGUGCGGCCCAAAGCCUUGCUGGACAACUGCUUCCGGGUCAUGGAGUUGCUGUACUGCUCUUGCUGUAAACAAAGUCCCAUCCUCAAAUGGCAGGACUGUGAGCUGCCAAGUCUCCAUCCCCACAGUCCGGGGUCCUUGAUGCAAUGUGCAGCCGCCAACGUGUACCCUCUGCCUCGGCAGCCCCCCACCUCCCUGCCCACUUCCCCAGGCUCAAGCCAUGGUCUGUGACCCUGAGCGGUCUGCUGUGUUGACCGUAGGUCGGGCCACUGGAUGUUUUCCAGGAACUGGCCUGGGUCCGUCCGACCUUCCGGGAGGGUGGGUAGGUAGACCUGCAGGAAAGGCCUCCUGAGAAAGGCGUGGUGCCUUCUUUCCACCGCCAGGCUCAGCGCCCUGCCUUUUGUACCCAUGUGACACCACCUGGAGCCGCAGGGAGAGGUGUGGAGGGAAGGCUGGUGGCUGCCCCCACAGCCACCCUACCUGUGGUUGGUUCUGAAAUCUACCAAUGCCGUUGCCCCACAGGUGGGAGGAUGGAGGCGGGGUGUCACGUAUUAUUCUGGGACUCGCUCGGGCUUCCCAGUUGUGCUGAAUGUGGGGUGCUGGGCUGAGGACCUGACCAAGUGCCGUAUCUUGCCACAGCAAUGCUCUUCUGGUUCCCUUUUCUAUUAAAUGGCCACUUGUUUGGU